AUGGCUAAGAAACCAAGUUUGGGUCGCCAAAAAAUCAAAAUCGCUAAGAUUCAAAUAAAAAAUCAUCUACAGGUGACUUUCUCAAAGAGGCGAUCCGGGCUCUUCAAGAAGGCUAGUGAGCUUUGCACGUUGUGCGGGGUUGAAAUAGCCAUUGUGGUAUUCUCCCCUGCUGGGAAAGUCUUUUCCUUUGGUCAUCCUAAGGUCGAAUCAAUUAUUGACAGAUUCUUAGCGCGAAACCCUAAUCUCAGCUCGACUAGUUUACAUCUCAUAGAGGCACAUAGAAUAGCAAGCAUUCCUGAACUAAACGUGCAGCUAACAUACAUACUCAACGAGUUAGAAGCGGAGAAAAAAAGAAGCGAGACACUAGAUGAAAUGAGAAAGGCGAGCCAGAGUCAGUUUUGGUGGGAAGCACCAAUUGAGAACCUGAAUAUGCAUGAACUUGAACAACUGAAGAAUUCCAUGGAGGAACUUAAAAAGACUCUGACUAUACAAGCCAAUAGGCUUUUCGCAGAAAACUCUAACUCUAUGUCGUUUUUCGGUACUAAUAAUAAUAUCCCAGGUGGUGUUGAUCACUAUGAGAUGAAGCCUGCUCCCAUCAUUUCAACAUCAUCUUCUGCCGCUUCUCAUGCCCAUAGCUAUGGCUAUGGCCAUGGUUUUUAA